CGCCACCGCCGUGCGUGCUUAAAGAAUAUAGCUUUUUCUUCUUUUGGAUGAUUUUGGAAAUUGGAAAUAAUUAUGUCAUUUCCAAUCGUAACAGUGUAUAAAAUUCCGCAUAGAAACAUUACUUGCAUUACCACCUUUGCCAUUUCUUUCUUACACCUACUCAUACCUUACGCUCGAUACUCCGCCAUGUCGUCAACGGGAACGCCAAGAUCGGUGCCGCCGGUGGCCAAGAAAGUGGAGCAUGUUAUGGAAUUGUUCGGCGAUGUUAGAGUUGACCACCACUACUGGCUCAGAGACGACUCUCGCUCCAAUCCUGAUAUACUUUCUCAUCUCCAUGAAGAAAAUGCUUACGCCGAAUCUUUUAUGUCUGGAACCAAACAAUUUGAGGAGCAACUCUUUGCUGAAAUAAAAGGGCGAAUCAAAGAGGAUGACAUAUCUGCACCCAGAAGAAAAGGACCUUACUACUAUUAUACAAGGACGUUGGAAGGGAAGGAGUAUGUUCAGCAUUGUCGACGCUAUAUUUCCAAUAAUGAGCUCCCAUCUUCAGUUCAUGAUGUUAUGCUAACUGGACCUAAUGAUCCUCCUGAGCAUGUUAUUUUGGAUGAGAAUGUUAAGGCUCAAGGGAAAGAAUAUUGCAGCAUUGAUGCUUUGAGGGUUAGUCCGAAUCACAAACUGGUUGCAUAUGCAGAAGAUACUAAAGGAGAUGAAAUAUAUACUGUGUAUGUUAUUGAUGUGGAGACUGGAGCUCUCGUUGAGAACCCAUUGACAGGUGUAACUUCGUAUAUUGAGUGGGCUGGGAAUAAUUUUUUGGUUUAUAUCACAAUGGAUGAGAUACACCGGGCUGAUAAGGUGUGGUUACACAAGUUGGGGGCAGAUCAAUCACAUGAUUCUUGCCUUUAUCAUGAAAAGGAUGAUAAAUUUUGUCUGGGUCUUCAAGCUUCAGAGAGUGAAAAGUAUUUGUUUGUUACAUCUGACAGCCGAAAUACAAGGUUUGUCUUGUAUAUCGACAUUUCUAAUCCUGAAGAUGGUGCCAAGUUUGUGACACCUCGCAUAGAUGGCGUUGAUAUAUCAGUCAGUCAUCGUGGAAAUCAUUUCUUUAUUCAAAGGAGAACUGAUGAGCUUUUCAAUUCAGAGUUACUAGCCUGUCUUGUGGAUAACGUUUCUGCAACUACAGUUCUUAUUCCCCACAGGGAAAGUACAAAAAUUUGGGAUGUACAACUCUUUGCCGACCAUCUAGUUGUUUAUGAGCGUGAAAAUGGUCUGCCCAAAAUAACAGCAUAUAACCUUCCAGCUGUUGAUGAGCCGCAUAUAAGCCUUGAAGGUGGUCGGGCUGUUGAUUUCAUUGACCCUGUAUACUCUGUGGACGCAGAGGAAUCAGAAUUUUCUUCCAGCAUUAUGAGGUUCUCAUACAGCUCACUGAGGACUCCACACUCUGUGUAUGACUAUGAUAUGAACACAGGCAUAUGUGUCGUUAAGAAGACUCAAACUGUCUUGAGAGGUUUUGAUUCAUCUAAUUAUAUUACUGAAAGGAAAUGGGCGACAGCUUCAGAUGGCACCCAGAUUCCUAUGUCAAUUGUUUUUAGGAAGGACCUUGUAAAACUUGAUGGGUCUCAUCCUCUGCUGCUCCAUGGCUAUGGUUCAUAUGAGAUGAGCGUGGAUCCAACAUUCAGGUCAUCAAGGCUUUCCUUAUUGGAUCGUGGAUUUAUCUAUGCAACAGCUCAUAUUCGUGGAGGUGGUGAAUUGGGGAGGCAGUGGUAUGAGAAUGGGAAGUUAUUAAAGAAAAAAAAUACUUUCACAGAUUUUAUUACUUGUGCAGAGUAUUUAAUAGAACAUAAGUACUGUUCAAAGGAAAAAUUAUGCAUUGAAGGUAGGAGUGCUGGGGGAUUGCUUAUUGGUGCUGUUCUUAAUAUGAGGCCUGAUUUAUUCAAGGCUGCUAUCGCCGGAGUACCUUUUGUGGAUGUUCUGACUACCAUGCUUGAUCCAAGUAUCCCUCUUACUACUGAAGAGUGGGAGGAGUGGGGAGACCCUCGGAAGGAGGAAUUCUAUCACUACAUCAAAUCAUAUUCCCCUGUUGAUAAUGUUAAGCCUCAAAAUUAUCCCAACAUCCUCGUUACAACAGGAUUACAUGAUCCGCGAGUUAUGUAUUCAGAACCUGCAAAAUUUGUGGCUAAGCUAAGGAGUAUGAAAACUGAUGAUAAUGUGGUGCUGUUCAAAUGUGAACUUUGUGCUGGACAUUCUUCAAAGUCAGGAAGAUUUGAGAAGCUUCAAGAAGACGCUUUCGAAUACACUUUCUUGUUGAAGGUCCUAAAUAUGAUCCCUGAUCUCUGUCCUAGCCAGACCUGAUCGAGACCUAUGCCUGGGAGCCAUGCAGAUUUUGUAUUCUCCCAUCUUGUCAAACAAUACAUCAGCAGCAGUUAUGAUGUGGUGUUUCUGAUAUAGAACAUUUGCUUUUGUGUGCAUUCUGAGAUAUGAAUAGCACAUUCCAGAGGUAUGAUUUAUAUUCCCAGUAAAGAAUAUUGGAACCGGCCAGUUUUCUCUUUCAAUAAAUUAGUCGUCAGCUUGGAUCUGAAGCUGACCCAAACUGAACCGCAUAUAUGGUAUGAGAUUUUCUAUUGUAAUGCUUGCUUGCUCAUAUGGGAAUUUGGUUUUUGAAUGGGAAAAGUUUUUACCAA